AUAGGCUCCGAGAUUUGUAUGUAUUUACGAGACUGAGGCUCCUUUUCGACCAAUACGAACGAGCAGCACGAUCCCUUCAUUAGCAUACACACCUCGUUGUUUUGCAUAGCGCUACAGAAGGCGCCGCGAUUUAGACGAACGCAGUCCCCGUAUUGUGUGCAACCCUAGAAGGCAAAAGAAAGCAGGCAGGCAGUCCUGGCAAGCGAAGCGGCCGAGCCAAGCAAGAGGUGACGAGCGUGUGUGCUGGAACGGCCGAAGGGUUAACUUCCUAGAAGAACUGCACUACCUACGGCGGCGUUGCAAGAGGAGCUCGAAGACUGUAAUGGCAGAUUCCAACGGGGCACGUUUUUACCUGCUGGUUUGAGACGACUGGCGACAAACUGCCGCCUUUCCGUGUGGCUGGAAGGAAGGAGAGGCGCUGAAACGUCGGCUCCUCGCGUGGCAGGAUUGUGCUGAGAGGAAGGGGAAAGGGACGAAGAGGGCGCUUGCUCUGGCCGAGGGUUCGCGGAGAGGUGGGAAAGGAGGCAGCCAGCCAGCGGCGCGAGACGAAGGACUCGGAGCAGCCCCAGGGCCUGGGCGGGGCGCGCGCACGGAACUUGGCCCCUGUUCCUGAAGGGACCGUCCCUGGACAGGCGGUGGGCGCGAGGGAGCUUUUGGCCGCCGCGGCGACAAGGAAAGCGAUGCGCUGCCUGGCUCUUCUCGGUUUCUUUGCCUGGGGCUUCGGCAGCUUGGCUGGGCCCAGCGAAGGAGCUUCCCUUCCUCCAUGCCCGGCUUCCUGUAGCUGCGAUGGGGAUGGUGGAGUUGACUGCUCCGGGAGGGGGCUCACCGCAGUGCCUGAAGGACUCAGCGCCUUCACCCAUUUACUGGACAUCAGUAUGAACAAUAUAACAAGAUUACCAGAGAAUGCCUUCAAGAAUUUCCCUUAUCUUGAAGAACUACGGCUGGCUGGCAAUGACCUUGCUUUUAUUCAUCCAAAAGCCUUGUCUGGGUUGAAGGAACUCAAAGUUCUCACUUUGCAGAACAAUCAGCUGAAAACUAUUCCUAAUGAGGCCAUCAGGGGACUCAGUGGAUUACAGUCCUUGCGUUUAGAUGCUAAUCACAUUACAGUUGUCCCAGAAGACAGUUUUGAGGGUCUAAUUCAACUACGUCACCUGUGGCUGGAUGAUAAUAGUUUAACUGAAGUUCCUGUUUUUCCACUCAGCAAUCUUCCCUCACUGCAGGCUUUAACUUUGGCUCUCAAUAAAAUAACCAACAUCCCUGACUUUGCAUUCAGGAAUCUGUCAAGCCUUGUUGUCCUGCAUCUCCAUAACAAUAAAAUAAAAACAUUGGGACAACACUGUUUUUAUGGAUUAAACAACCUGGAAACUUUGGACUUAAAUUAUAACAGCAUGGUGGAAUUUCCAGAAGCAAUUAGAUCACUUCCAAGCAUAAAGGAAUUGGGAUUUCACAGCAAUUAUAUUUCAGUGAUCCCUGAUAAUGCAUUUAGAGGAAACCCACUUUUAAGAACAAUACAUCUGUAUGAUAACCCUUUAUCCUUUGUUGGGAACUCAGCCUUUCAAAACUUAUCAGAUUUGCAUUCCCUAGUCAUUCGUGGGGCCAACAUGGUGCAAUGGUUUCCUAAUUUAACAGGAACUAUCAGUCUGGAGAGUCUAACUUUUACAGGCACCAAAAUAAGUAAUAUUCCCACUGGCCUAUGCCAAGAGCAAAAGAUACUUCGGACUUUGGAUUUGUCUUACAACACUAUAAAAGAACUUCCAAGUUUUAAAGGUUGCAGUUCCCUAGAAGAAAUAUCUUUGCAGCAUAAUCAGAUUGAGGAAAUCAGAGAAGAUAUUUUCCAUGGACUAACAUCAUUGCAUACUCUUGAUCUCAGCAGAAACUUGAUCCACCGGGUUAACAAGGAAGCAUUUACUACGCUUGGUGCUAUUACCAACCUAGACUUAAGCUUCAACGCAUUGACUUCAUUUCCAACUGGAGGUCUGGGUAGAUUAAAGCAACUUAAACUGAUAGGCAAUGUUGAACUGAAAGAAAUGCUAUCACCAAAGGACUUCAUGAAACUCAGAUCUCUGUCUGUUCCUUAUGCCUACCAGUGUUGUCCUUUCUGGGGUUGUGACUCUUCUUUGAAUUCCAAUACUGAAGAUCCCAGCCUCCAGAAUCAGAGUCGAGCAAUUGUAAAUGAUCAGGGAGUACCAGAUGUAGAUGACUUAAGCAGUGUUGAAAAGAAAGAACCAGGCCAAACAGUAAUUCACUGUACCCCCACCACAGGUGCUUUCAAGCCAUGUGAAUACCUACUGGGAAGCUGGAUGAUUCGUCUUACAGUCUGGUUUAUUUUUUUGGUUGCCUUAUUCUUCAAUGUGCUUGUCAUCUUAAGUAUAUUUGUUUCUUCUACUUCACUUCCCUCUGUCAAAUUGUUCAUUGGCUUGAUUUCUAUCUCUAAUUUACUGAUGGGAAUCUACACAGGUAUAUUAACUUUCCUGGAUGCAGUUUCUUGGGGACGGUUUGCUGAAUUUGGUAUUUGGUGGGAAACUGGCAGUGGUUGUAAAGUGGCUCGGUUUCUGGCCAUAUUCUCUUCAGAAGGAGCCAUAUUUUUCCUCUUGUUAGCUACUAUUGAGCGAAGCUUGUCUGCCAAGGAAAUCGUUAAAAAGGGUAAAAGCAACCAUCAAAACCAGUUUCGAAUUGCAGCCGUGUUUGCAUUCUUGUGUACGUUGAUAGCAGCAUGCUUGCCAGUCUUCCACAAAGGAGAGUAUUCGGGCUCACCCCUUUGCUUACCCUUUCCUACUGGAGAAGCCCCCUCUUUGGGCUUCACAGUUACAUUAGUGCUGCUUAACUCAUUAGCCUUUUUGCUAAUGGCUGUUAUUUAUACAAAACUGUACUGCAAGCUAGAAAAGGAAGAUCUGUCCAAGAACAAUCAAGCUAGCAUGAUUAAACAUGUUGCUUGGCUAAUCUUCACCAACUGCAUCUUUUUUUGCCCUGUUGCAUUUUUUUCUUUCGCUCCACUCAUCACUGCAAUCUCUAUAAGCCCUGAAAUUAUGAAGUCUGUCACUCUUAUAUUUUUCCCACUGCCUGCUUGCUUGAACCCAGUUUUAUAUGUGUUCUUCAACCCCAAAUUCAAGGAAGAUUGGAAAUUACUGAGAUGGCACAUCACCAAGAGGAACGGGACUGGAACAGUUGCUGUUAAUACACAAACUGGCUGUAGGACUCAGGAUUUCUACUAUGACUGCGGCAUGUACACACACUUGCAGGGCAGCUUAACCAUGUGUGAAUGUUGUGAGUCACUUCUUAUAUCCAAGCCUGCACCAUGUAAACAUUUAGUAAAAUCUCACAGUUGUCCUGCUCUGACCGUAGUGCCUUGCCAAAGGCCAGAUGGCUGUUGGUCAGAUUGUGGUACACAGUCUGCCCAUUCUGAUUACGCUGACGAAGAAGACUCAUUUGUAUCAGAUAGUUCAGAUCAAGUACAGGCCUGUGGACGGGCUUGUUUUUAUCAGAGCAGAGGCUUUCCAUUAGUUCGUUAUGCCUACAACACCCCGAGGAUUAAAGAUUGAAAGUUUACUGCAAGUAAACUGUAUGCUAAAAAGGAGGAAGCAUGAUGCUUCCUAUAGACCAUGCCUGUUUCACUCUUUCAUCUGAAAGCACUUUUAUUAAUCAUUGUAUGAUAUUAAUUAUAAAUAAGGGAUGUAGGCCUAAAUACCCUAAGCUAUACACUUAAAAUAAGAGCUAUUGCUCUUUCUGUAAAUAAUUAGAAAACCAAAAUUUGUAAUCCAUUUUUUAAAAACUUUUUUCCAAACAACUAUAUAUUAUAUUUUAGACUCAUUUCCAUGUUACGCAGUUCUACUUUCGUUUUUCUGUUGUGAUAUUGAUCCUGACAACUUUUAUAAAUAAGCACAAUACAACAGA